UGAUGUUGUUCGAGUGUUAGAGCCUGUUUGUGAAAUAAUUUUUGGAGAUUUUGGAGAGAAUUUGAUCGUUUAUUCGAAAACAAAGGAUGCAUACGGGCAUGAAUGAUCUCAAGCAGACGGCACUGUAAGGCCGGUCAAGUGACCUGAGUAUGGAUCAUGAUUGGCCAGAGGAGGGAGAGGAUGAGGGAUUUGCAGAUGGGGAGAUUCCUGAGGAUAAUGCCAUGGAAACAGACAUGUCUGCUGAAGGGGAAGAUGAGCUUAUGGAAGGAGCCAGGGCUACCACUUACUUCUAUGGAGAUCCGUCAACUCUGUCAGAUGGGGAGGAUUUCAGCAAAGCUCAGGUGGAGAAGCUGAUGAAGUCAGAACCAUAUCAGAGAAAGAUCUCCACCUGUCACCUGUGUGGUCAGUGUUGGUAUGACAACCAGGUAACGGCUGACUGCCUGGAAUGUGGUGGGUUCCCACUUACCCGCCCCUGUCCUGUCUGUGAUGGAGAAUGCUCGGCUGUGUGGGACAGGAACGUGAAAAAAUCGCACAGCUACCACAAAGCACACUGGGAGGGGAAGUGCACGUUGCCCCCGGAUAUGCAGCAGGUGUUGCUGGGCAUAAUGACAGACUCAAAUGAGGACAGAUUAACAGAGAGCAUGCAGGACUUGUCCACAAGCUGAUGUUUCCCAUGAUAAUGAUGUUGCCCAAGACAACAGUGUUGCCCAAGGCAACAAUGUUGCCCCAUGUUGUGAAAGAUGUUGUGUGCACAGAUCUUGUUGAACAAGCUACAUUGUACUUUGCAUUCAAACCCUUAAGGCUCCAUUUGCUUGGAUUAUGCACAGCAACAUCUGCAAAACUUUUCCUAUUUGCUUAGGUGAUGCCCUUGUACAGUUGCAUAAGUUGCAUUUUAAAACCAGUGUUGUGCAAAAAUAUGAAGGAUGGAUUGGAAGCUGUCAAGUUUUGCUGGACUUUGUUGUAAUUGGAAGAUGACAAUAUGG